UCCUCUACCUGGCCUAGUGCACGCGAUUCGACCUCUCUUCCGCGGCCCUACAACUGUCCAAGGCCUGCAGCAACCCAGCGCAAGUGAACAUGACAGCAGCCGAGCACGUUCUGCGAUACCUUCGGGGUAAUCCAGUGCUUCCUAUCGUCUACAGGAGAGGACAGUUUCGGCUAGCGGCGGUUACGAAUUCAUCCGUCGGAGCAAACCCCAACAACGGAAGAUCUACCACGGGAUAUCUCUUCUUUCUGGCUGGAGGACUCAUCAGCUACGGUGCGAAGACUCAAACUCUAACCGCUCAAAGCACGGUCGAAGCCGAGAUUCAAGCACUUAGCUCCUCAGCCAGUGAGGCGGUCUUCAUCUCAAUUUUUAUGACGGAACUCAACUUCAAGACCUUCGGAUCGGUUCCCAUCAACAGCGACAGCACUGGAGCGCUGACAGUGGCCGGGAAUACCAUGCACUCUCAACGCACGAAGCACGUGGCCCUGAGCGAGCACCAUUUGGCUGAUAUCGCGACCAAGCACCUACCAAAGCACCGAUUCGCCUCGAUCAUUCAGCAGAUCAAGGACUUCUCGUGUUGAUCGAACAUCUGUUGAGCUUCCUACCAUACGCGUCAUACAAGAAGGAAUAUAUUUUCGAUACGAUGCCAACGGAGGGGUCGAGGUAGAAAUGGAUAUGGUGAUGCGGUUGACCAUUGUGAAUUAGUUGCUUGAUC